ACCACGAUACCGAUCGCCAAGAGGUUGCAGCAAUGGAUUUCAAACCAUUCAAUGCGUACAUCGUGGAUGCUUGCAGGACUGCAGGCGGGAAAAAAAACGGAAAACUUUCAGGUUACCACCCAUGUGAACUGGGCGCUGCUGUGUGCGAUGCCCUGGUUGAGCGCCAAAAAAUCAAUGGUGCCGAGGUGGAGGAUGUGGUUUUUGGCUGUGUUGGGCAGGUUGGCGCACAAGCCUCCAAUGUGGCCCGCAAUGUGGUGCUAUCUUGCCGCCUUCUACCGGAGAGUGUUCCUGGCACCUCGGUGGACCGGCAGUGUGGUUCCUCCCAACAGGCCGUUCAUGCUGCAGCGCAAGCAGUGAUGAGUGGCGUCCAUGACUGCUGCAUUGCUGGAGGUGUUGAAGUGAUGUCCACAGUUCCCAUUGGUGCCAACAUCAUCGAUGGGAUGAAGGCUGGCCAUGGAUUUCCUAUGACCGAAGCCAUGACUGAGAAGUACAAGGACAAGAUGAAGGCUUUCGAGCAAUUUGCCAUCUCCACUUCUGCAUUCUCUCAGUUUGGAGGAGCGGAGCUUUUGGCCAAGAAGUACAACCUCAGUCGCGAGGAUGUUGACCGUUUUGCUGCCAUCUCUCAACAAAGAGCAGUGGAGUCCACCAAGGCAGGGAAGUUCAAGGAUGAGAUUGUGCCAUUGCCAGUGAAGCGCAAGGAGGGUGCCUCAGAGGACAUUCACUCGGAGGACGAGGGAAUCCGUGCAAACGUCACUGUUGAAAGCCUGGGCAAGCUGAAGGCCAUGUUCCCCAAUGGAGUUCUCACUCCGGCCAGCUCGUCGCAAAUCUGCGAUGGAGCUUCAGCGGUGCUGAUUUGCAACGAGCGCGGUUUGCAGAAGCUGGGCCUCAAGCCAAUGGCCAGGAUUCAUUCUUUGGCCCUUGCUGCUACUGACCCCGUUGUAAUGCUGGAAGGGCCCAUCCCUGCAACGCGGACCGCUUUGGAGAAGGUGAAGAUGAAGAUCGAGGACAUUGACCUCUACGAGGUGAAUGAAGCGUUUGCCUCCGUGCCCUUGGCUUGGAUGAAGGCCUUGGGAGCAGAUUUUGAGAAAUUGAAUGUGAACGGUGGUGCCAUGGCACUUGGCCACCCGCUGGGAGGCACUGGCACCAAGCUUCUGGCCACACUUGUGCAUGAGCUUAAGCGUCAGAAGAAGCGCUAUGGGGUGCUGGCGAUUUGCGAGGGCGGUGGCACUUCCAACGCCACCAUUGUAGAGAUGAUGCCAAGUGCAAAGCUUUGAGACUGGAGGUGCUUCUGGUCUACCCUGAGCAGAUGCGUUCUGCGUAUUUUUGAGGGCCUGAACCAACUCCCUGUGGACUGGCACGAGAAUGCAAAUG